GACAUUUUGGUUUAUUUUAGUUUUGAUACUCAGCAACGAGGCUUAGGGAAAAUAAGGAACAUAUAUUUGCGACUUUGUGGCUUGGGACUUAUUACUACAUGUGGAGAUCAUGAAGAAAUAAGUAAUCGGCUUUAGGAAGUUAAGGUCUGACAAUAGAAUAAUUAUCUAAAGCUAAUUACACUAGGAAGCAUACGUUAGCCGUACCGUUGAGUCAGUUAUUCUAUUUUAUGAAUAGCUCUAUAUGGAAGUCAGCAUUUUAGUAUUCAUAAGCCAAUAUUUCAAAUCAGAUAUUCAUUAGGAAAGCAACAUCGCUCUUUGUUUGAUAUUUUCAUGUCAUUGGUCAAAUAAGAAAAAAACCAAAUAUAAUGAGGGGAAAAUAGACAAGUGUAAUCGAUGCAAGUUUCUUGCUACUUCAAUCAGUUGUGUUAUAUUUGUCACAUUGCGUGCAGCCUCUAUGGAUACCAAUAAUCAACGCGCUUAAAUGGUGUUCCACAGCGUAUAGAAAGGACUAAGAUAAGAGCAUUUUUGAUUGCAUUAUCAAAAGCUAAGGCUUUUAUUUAUUGUUUUAAUCGUUCUUAUUUUUAUUAAUACAAUGUAUAUAUGCAUUCAUUGUUCCCUAACAAAGGUACUUAUACAUAUAUUUUAAACGAUUUACUUUCAGCUUAGAUUGCUCAUCGUUUAUGUAUUUGAUAGGCUUUGUGUGUUUUAUUCGGUAACCAAUAUUACUUAAAAAAAAACAUUUAUUUUCGUUACUACUGGUUUUCUAAUUUCAAACAUUUCCUUCUUUAACGACAUUACUUCAAUUUUUCAUCAUAGCAGAAUUUAGACUGAAACCCCAUCAGAAAGCUCUGAAUUAAAAAAUACAUUUCCAAUAAUACUUUUCAUAUUGAUACGUUUCUCAUAUACUUCUUUGCGAUAUGAUUUGGGUUGAAGUAUUCCUGAUGAGUUGAACAGUCGAUUUAGUGGAUUUGUUUUCCAUACUUGAGAUAAAAGAGGAUAAAACAGAAGUAAAAAUUCCAUGUGUAUGGUCAGUUUCUCGAGUACUGAAUUUUGAAUUUGGAAGAUCAAUGGUUUUAUAAAUAAAAAAUACAUUUCACUUUGCCUCACGUUUUUUAUCGUUUAAUCUUUGGUUGUUAUACUUGAUUUACAAUUUACAAUAAAUAUUAGACUAUUGUGAGGGAUUUCACUUUCUCAACUAAUAAUUCUCCCUUUCCUUCUCCUGUACUGACGUUGGAUUUUUUUACUAUGACACCAACCAAAGAUAAAAUCCAUAGAAAAUAGGCUGUCCACUAGCUACCUUCUUGUAUAUAUUGCUAAGAAUAGUUUUUUUUUUUUUGAUAAUAAGAGAACUAAUUUACUUGAGUUGAAUUUCAAGCAAAUAUAAUCAUAUUUAUCUCUUCACUACGGAUUUUAAAGAGUAAAAAUCCUGAGGCACAAAAUGUACUCUUCGCUAAACUCGCACUCUGUAGUGGGGAGUGAUUCUUUUCAAAAUGCUUCCAAUCUUAACAUGAAUAAUGUGUAUAUGAAUACCUACCCUGGGACCUCAGGUGAUCAGGUGGAGGAGUUAUACGCAGGCCAGCCACAGCGCCCGCCGCCAUCCAACGCGUUUGGGGAUGCCUUUCUCUACCCAGGGAAUCUACCCCAAGGAAGCUCAAGUCAAUCGAUGCCAUCAGGGGCUGUUCCUCCUUCCUCGGUGUAUCACAUUCCUCUUCAGGCCAUCCCCCGCAACAUCCACGGGACUUAUGGGGAGGGGCAUUCCUCAGGAUGGGCCUAUCCCCAGGGGGUGGCCCCACACUGUUACAAGGAGGACGGCCCCACUUCCCUGCAUUGGUACGCGGCCCAUUCGAUGUCACAGGCCAGACCGCCUAUGGGCCCCGCCGGGGCACCUGUUAUGGCAGGGUACCCUCAGGACCCCAUUGCCUCAACCAGGGUUUCCGCCGCGUCCUCCCUUUCGGUGAGGACCUCAGGCCCUGGUGAGAAUGGUGCCGGCCCGAUCGGGAUCCCCGGUACGGCGUUGUCGCCAUAUGGCUCUCUUACCCCGUGUUAUCCCACCCACCCUUCUUCACACAAUGAUCGUGCGGAGGACAGGGUCUUCACAGUCCCUGACAACCUUGGGAUUCCACCACCAGGUUUGCGCGACUCCACGCUCAAUGCGCAUCAAUUUGUCACUGCGUGUGAGGGACCUGCCGCCCCUCUGACGUCCUUGUCUUCUUCCACGCCGGCGUUAUCAUCGGUAGUAAUACAAAAGACUCCAUUUUCAUGGACACCUCUUCAUUCCAGUUUAUCUGCACUAUCCAUUUCUGGACCUUGCACACAUGGUAUUAAUGCGGUUGAGUCUGCUGGUACUGAUGCAGCUGCGCUUUCUUCAACUUCUUUUCCACCCAUGCGAUCUUUCUGUCGGGAUGCGACUGCUAAAUAUCCCCCCCCCUUGAACAAUCGUGAUAAUGACUGUAGUAAUGAUAUGGGGCGGAUGAUGACGCUUUUCAAUGAGAAAAGUCGUGAGCCUCAAGUUAUGGCCAACCUACAGCAGUGCUCUGAAAUAUUUCGUGCACAGGAACGUGAGAUCGCUGAGGAUGAAGCUAUUUUUAUGGGGAUUUCUACCAUCGAAAGGACUCUUAUGGAGUUGUUGGCGUGGAGUCAAACAGCUUUAACCAAGUCUUCUUUUCUUUUGCCAACCCCAACGGGUUGCAGCGGAAGUGAAAAUGCGGCUACUGGCCAAUAUGGUGGGGUAGUAAUUAAGACUCAGGCUGGUCAGGUUGAAAUGGACCUACAGGUCAGUAGCUAUCUCGUAGAGCGUCUUGAAUACGUAGAGGAGCAGUUAUCACCAUUGGAGACGAUAUUCCAUAAAUUGCUCCAUAAAUACAUUAUUUCUGAUGUCAACUCGAUCUUAAACAAUAACAACAGAAAGAUGACAGCAAUCCAAAUGCCUUCGGGACACCCAAAGGCGCCCGCGUCUCAACCCGUUCCCUCUGAGACGCAGGAUAAGAACGACGUCUUUACCAAUCCACAGGAUAUCAAGUACAACGCUGAUAGUUCCUUGGACCCAUCUAUUGCGCUUGCUUCAUUAGCAGCCACACAUUUUAAGAGAGUGCCAGACCUGAAUUUAAUCUCUCGUAUGCCAGAAGAACUUUCAAAACGAUAUGAGCGCAUCCGGCAGCUCCUCUUAGAUGAUAUACUUCUGCUUCAUUCCACUACAUCUUCGCACGACAUCUUAAAUUCGUCCAAUUAUGCUGGCGGAUUUUUUCACAAGGGUGCCAUGAACCUUGGCGAUACUGUUUUUUCAACUCUAGAUUUCUCUCAUAGAUGCCAUGGAGGGGAUGGAGACCAGCCUCCUUAUGAGUCUCUGCCGCUGCGACUCAUUAUGGUUCCUGACGAUGGCAAAGAGGAUGGGAGGCACAGUUUAGUUUCCCAAGCUUCUAACAAGAUAUCAACACUAGAUUUGACCCAACCAGAAGAGAGACCCCAACAAUCAAAUUUAGCUCCCUCUAUAGCUGAGAUGGCUUCCCUGCGAAGCAGCGGCAGAAAUACUAUAUCAUCAACCACAACAUUACUGUCUUCAUCUCUGUACCGUGGUAAGGAGCAAUUUAUUGCGAUCGUUGCUACAUCCGUGCGGUACGCACAGCAUCAGCUUUUCCUUACUGUAAGCACGGCUGUUGAGCACCUUAAUCAAAUCCUUCAUCUUGGACAGCUUCGCAAUGAAAAAGAACUUCAAAAAGCAUGUGAGAAGACACAAACCUCAACUGCGAUGACUAUAACUAAUACUGUGCCUGAUGAAGCCCUCUUGUUUAGCCGCAUUAACCUCCAGAAAGACGCUGAAGUCUUCCGCAUGUGGACUAAUCGUGUGGAGGCACUUCAGAAUCGUUUGCAGUGGAUUAAGCGAAACAUUGACACUGCAGUGAAAGGGCAUGGGUCUGUACGGCGGGAGGUGCUUGAGAUCCUGAACCAAAGGCUCAACAAUGAGGAAGGCAAGGGAAAUGGAGACGGUAACGCUGCACAAGGAUUCUGUGAUAGUGAGGGCCCCGGGGGACCGCGCGAGACGGAAAGUGAAUUGGACAGCCCUGGUAGAUCGACCGUUGAGUUCCGCCAGUCAUCUUCACUCGAUCAACCUGAGAGCACAUGUCUUAUAAAUUCCAACGAUGUUGGCGCUAUUACAGUUACGAAAGCCACGGAAAUAUCGCUUGAGGGAGAUCCACUAUCGAAUCCAUUAACUUCGUGUGAAGCGUAUCGAUUAAAUGACUUCUCGAGUACUUUUGAUGCGAACUCUUCCGAGCAGCAGCUUCACCAGUUGUGUCAAGUCGAGAACGUCCUACCUCGCGAACGUGCAUUGUGCAUCAGGGAUGAAAAAGAAGACCAAUCUACACAGAACACUCCCGCAAAUGAUUUUGGACUCUGUGCGAAUAAUUUGUUUGAGGAGAAGGGAUCAGAUGUUGCGCUCGGUGGGAGUGACCCUAGCUCAAUGGCAGGGAACGGCAAUGAGACGGAAAGUCUUGGGUUUCUUGAGUGCCAUGAAAGAUCGGUCAGUAAUCGGUUUUCUACCGAUGGUACCAUGGGUACGGCGGACUGCGUCCGUGUAGACGAACCACAUAGACCCCACGGUGGUGAAUGGGAACCUACCAAUUGGUGUGAGAUGACUUGCCAAGACGAGGGGGCGACUCCAACUCAUCAGGCACCACUCAGUUUACCACAUGAUACGGGCUUUGUAGCAUUUAGCGUUCCUGCAGACAUUUCAACAUUAGAUGGAGCAGGUUCAUUGGAAGGUAGUGCGAAGUGCAAAGAUCACAAAGUGUUUAACCAAUGCCAUCCUCAAUUUGAUUACCGUUCGCGUGAGUAUGGAAAGAUUUCAAGACCGAGGAACUCGGAUGAUUAUAAAUGGUGCGUUGGGAGUGCAUCUCGAGAUGCUUUCUUGCCAUCCACUAAAUCAUAUGUGGGGAGAAGUUCUGUCUUUGUAAGUGAUAGCAGCGAGGAUGACAGCCCCAUGGAAUACAGUCUGCGUAACUCAAACAACUUGUUUAAGGGAUUUAAGGCAUUUUUUAAGGCAGUUGUGCGGCGUGCAACCAGAUUUGACAGUGACGACGAUGACGAUUCAAGCUCUAAUAGUCGGAAAAGACAAAGAAUAGGGUGA